ACCCCUUGCGAAGAAGUGGACCAAUAAUAAGCUUACGGUCAUGGAAGGCCAACCGCAGGAGCAGGAGCAGCAGCAGCAGCAUCCCAAGUCCAGGGUUGUGAAGGUGGAUUCAGAGGAGUCAUGGUACCUCUUCAUCACCCAAGCCAACAACCAAGGAUGUCCUGUUUUUGUCCACUUUGGUGCCUCGUGGUGUGUUCCAUCCCUCGCCAUGAACUCAUUCUUCGAGGAGCUGGCCUUGACUUACCAGGACAUCCUGUUUCUCGUGGUCGAUGUUGAUGAAGUCAAGGGGGUUGCCUCUAAGAUGGAGGUGAAGGCGAUGCCCACCUUUGUACUGAUGAGGGAUGGCGCAGUGCUAGACAAGAUUGUCGGGGCCAAUCCGGAGGAGAUAAGGAAGAGGAUCGAUGGUUUCGUUCAAUCUUUUCGUCGCCCAAAUAUGGUCGACUAGUUAGAGUUCACUGCAAAUAGACCCACCCACCCUGUUCCUUGCUCUAACUACAGCAUGUAGUGUUCUUAAGUAAUGUGUGGCUACCUAUAUCUGAUGCUGGUUUCGCUAUGUUGCACUUGCAAACCAGGGAAAGCUUAAAGAGUUGGUCGGUGCCAAAUGACGAACCUUAUACAGACAGCAGUGCAAUCAACUCUCAUUCAGCACCUGGACAUGAAUCGGUGGUUUCUGUACAUGUAGUGAUCUGUAUGCAGUUGAGAUGAUAAUUUCAGGAUGGAUCGUUCUCUUUCGUGAUUA